AUGGAUAUGCACUUUUCGCCUAAGUAUGGGGGAGACGCUCACAUGGACGAGGACGAAACAAGCGUCGAAGAGAGAAGUCAAGACAGUACCAGCAGUAGCCUAAAAUUCACACAAGUUUCACAGAUUCGAAUUGCUCCUAACAAAUCCUAUCCGGACAACGAGCUUUCAAAUGGCAAGAGACACUCAAGCCCUGCACACAGGUCAAUCGAGGACGCCUCCAGAGAGUGGCCGCAGCGAAAUACAAAUUCAUCGCCUGGAUAUGUUGAGGCAUUAAACAAGGAGGAGGAUGUACAUUUAAAUGAUGGCGAGGAAAGAAUUAGUUUAUCUGGAGGGAGUGACACCGAAGAAGGGAUGCUAAAGCGAAAACAGAGGAGAUGUAGGACUACCUUCACCAGCUAUCAACUUGAAGAACUGGAGAGAGCGUUCCAAAAGACUCACUACCCGGAUGUCUUCACAAGGGAGGCAAUAGCAAUGCGCUUGGACCUCAUAGAGGCACGUGUGCAAGUCUGGUUCCAGAACCGUCGAGCAAAAUGGAGGAAAAAGGAGAAGGUAGGGAUCCAGACACACCCACUGGAUCUCUCCUUCCCUGGGCCUGCAGGCAUGGCACAACUCCUGAGUCACACCCUGGGUGACACAGCUUUUCAGGCCAGGUUGCAUCCAGUCAUGGAGAAAACUUGGACUAGUUCCUCCCAUCAGCUGCUUCCACCCUUGACUAACCUAACCUUUCCACUUGGGCACGGCUCUUUUUUGAGAGAGGCCAUAUUCAGACAACCUGUGUUUAUACACCCCAUGUUUAGAAGACUCAUCACUGGCCUGGUUCCACAGGCACUCCAACGACUGCCCUUUCCUGUAGUAGAAGGUCAAAUCCAGUGUCAUGCUCACCUACAUGACCUCCCAUCUUCCUUGUCUUCCUUAUCUUCUUCUUCCUCUCCCAAGGACUUUCAGGCCUUAAGGGUUGCAGCACCGCACCUCAAAGCCAAGGCGCCCUCGACUCAGCUCACCCAGUUCAGCGUCAUUGCCAGAGGCAGGGCAGGGAGGGAGGCUUUCUGCUGGGGAACUAUCCAGGGUGCUGGACAGGGCUGGCAUGCGUCCUGGUGCCUGUUUCCUGGGGAACUCUCCAAGGUGCUGGGCUGGAAGGUGGGACUGGAAUGCCCACCCCAUAUCUGGUGA